AGCAUCAGCAGCCUUCUUUAUCAUCAGUAGUGAACACUGAGUACAGCAUCUCAGCUAAAUGUGCUCUCAGGACCUUUGGUAGGUUUCUCAGAGCCUUAUUUAACCCUGAAACCCAAUACCUCCCAUUCUCAAAAUUCCCUGAACAUCCUAACUAGUAUUUAAGAAGCAGUCAGUCUCUGUUUAAACUGCAAGAAAACUAGCAACAAGCUGUUUUUUUGUUUUUGUUUGUUUGUUGUUUUUUGUUAUCAUUAUAAGAGCAUCAGACUGUGUGUACAGCUAUAGAACCCAAGACAAGCCAUGGUCCAGCCUUUUGAGGGUUAAGCUGGUAUCUUGCAGCAUCUUUGGAAGAUUGCUAGUGAUCAGGGGAGUGUGCAUUACAGCUACAUUGUAGCAACUUUAGUUCUGGUGCUUUGAUUUGUGGUCCUGUCUUGUGACAUCUAACCUGCUGCUUCUGCACACCUCAAGUUGUCUGUCUCCUUGUCCUCCAAUUGAAUCCAAGGAAGGGACAUGCAGCCUGUUCAAUGCCAAUACACAGUGCAGCUCCUUGGUGCAUGCUGAAUCCUGUCCAGUGUGCUGAUUGUGAUGAGAUAGAUACAUCCAGAGCUCAGCCUUGGUCUGGGCGCAUCCACACCUUCUUCUGCUCUUGGCAUCCCAUCCCUUGUUCUGGGGAAGGGGCUGGAUGCUCUUGGACAGCAUGGGUCAGUCUAGCUGAGGAAUUACAACAUCCAAAUCCAAUUCUAGACCCUCUAGAAUACUGCUCAGACUGGUUGCAGACACGCCCUGGACACACCAGAAGUGGACUGUUACUUACUGCUGGUCAACUUUCAACCACCUGCAGUGAACCAGGAUGUUGGUCGGAACGUUGGCACUCUGCGUGCUCUGUUUAUCUCAAGCUGUUUCUGGACUUUACUUUCUGAGAAAGGACUAUCAUGAAAACCUAAACAUAGAUCAGCCUGCAGGGACACGUCUGUUGCAGGUCCAUGUCAUGAAAGACACACCAGAGGAGGUUCCUCACUUCCAGCUCUGUCAAAUUCUGAUGAGUUCUAACCCUUACUUCCAUUUCUUCCACGUUGAAGAACAAACGGGGAUUCUGUAUCUGAACCGUAGUCUAGAAAGGAUAGAUUUCAACCAUUUCAGGAGCAUAUCAUCUUCUCAGAGGAUUAAUCUCAAGGUGUCCAUCUUGCCACGGCCAUUUGAAGAUGAAGAUGACUGUGACAGAGCUCCUUCCAUCAUGGUCCGUCUUAUCCUCAAUAACCUCACAUCUCCAAGCUGCUCCUCGUUACAGCCCAGGCAUUUUUGUUUCAGUGACACAGAACUCUCCUUUCACAUCAAGGAAAACAAACCUCCUGGGGACUUCUACAAAUUUUUCCCUGAUCCUGCUGUGCAGCGCUGUCCAAACAUUACUGUAAAUUACAUGCUAAUAUCUGAGAAUGGUUUCCCAUUCCGGUACAACUCAGAUACUUCUGAAGUUAGCCUCUUACAGUCUCUGGAUCGAGAACAAAGAGAGAACUAUGAUCUUGUGGCAAAGUGCAUAUUUAGGGAUUUAAACGCUAAGGUGGAAGUAGACGUAGAACAAUCGUUCCAGAUCAUGGUGGAUGAUGAAGAUGAUUCUGCUCCAUUUGUUCUCAAUGGGACCGACAUCAUAAAUGUUGUUGUGGAAUAUGAGAGAAUAAAGGGUACAGUUCUCGGAGUGCUAGCAGUAUGUGACGCUGAUUCCACUACCAACUUCCCUUUUAAAAAUAGUCCAGAAAAAUACACGGGGAGAAUUAUCAGCAAUGACCCAUUUAUUCUGGAAAACUUUGGUUUAAAAUAUAGCUUUCAAGAGAUGAAAUUCAAGCCCAAAGGAAACUUAAUCCGUGGGACACUGCAUGAAUACAGGUUAAUACUCAAUAAUAAUGUGACCAUUAGCAAGACUGGAUUCUAUCAUGUUAUCGUUAAGGUGAAUGAUACAGAAUUUAAUGGUCCAAAUGCAGAGGUGAUGUUGCACUUCAAUGUUACAAUCCUUCCGGUUGAAAUAAAAUUCCCAAAUAUUACAUAUCGCUUUACGCUCAACCGACACGCCUACCAAUAUGCCCAGAUCGGAAAAGUCUAUGUUGAAAACUACUUGUUAUUCAAAGGAGUAAAUGUAACUUACAAGCUACAGAUUGCAAAUAGCACCCGUGCUGUUGCCCUUGUCCAGGGGCCAGAAGAAUCGUUUGCUACUCUCUUUGUCAACCAUUCAUCUGCCUUAGUGAACCAUGAAAGUAAAGAGAUACAAGGCACUGUAGUUGCUUCAAACCCAAACCUCAAAAAGUCAGUGAAGACUCCAAUUACCAUAUUACUAGAGGGGAAACCUGGAAGAGAUGAAGAGCAAUGCGAUGUAUCCUGUUCAGAAAACAAACUGCGUUCUGAAUGUGAGGAAUGUGGUGGGACAGGAUCUUUGACUGGACGGUGCCAGUGGAGACAAGGUCAUGGAGAAGGAAUCACCACAAACUAUUCUACGUGCACACCAGACAUUAAGACAUGUCCUGAUGGGGUCUGUGAUGCUGUGGAGCGUAAAAGUGGGAAAAUCUGUCCACAAGACUGCAUAAAGGAUAAUAUUAUUGGCGGACAUGAAAAAGGAACUCCCUUGGGAAUUAAGGCAGGUUAUGGCACCUGUUACUGUUUCCAAUCUGAGAAAUGUUUCUGUGAGAAGAAUAUUGUUGAGGCUCCACUGUGUGAUGACACCUGCAAGACUGUAAUUGCAUGUGGAGUCUUCCUCUCAUUCAUAAUCUCUGUGCUGCUAUCGUCAUUUUUCAUUCACCGUUAUCAUAAAAACUCUCCCAAGCCUCCUAUUGCUUCUGCUGAGAUGACUUUUCGCAGACCUGCUCAAUCUUACCCAGUCAGCUACUCUUCUACCAAUGCUCGGCGGCCUUCACUGGAUUCUAUGGAAAAUCAAGUUUCAGUGGAUUCGUUUAAAAUACCUGAGGAUCCAAAAUGGGAAUUUCCAAGGAAAAACCUGGUUUUGGGAAAAACACUUGGUGAAGGGGAGUUUGGGAAAGUGGUUAAGGCAACAGCAUUUAGACUGAAAGGAAAGGCUGGUUACACCACCGUGGCUGUAAAGAUGCUGAAAGAAAGUGCUUCCCAGAGUGAACUUCGGGAUCUUCUCUCCGAAUUUAACCUUCUGAAACAGGUUAACCAUCCGCAUGUAAUCAAACUUUAUGGGGCCUGUACACAGGAUGGACCCUUGCACCUUAUUGUGGAAUAUGCAAAAUAUGGCUCCUUGAGGAGUUUCUUGAGAGAAAGUCGCAAGGUGGGACCAAGCUCUAUAGGAGGUGACACCAACCGUAAUUCCAGCUACCUGGACAAUCCUGAUGAAAGAGCACUUACUAUGGGUGACCUCAUAUCAUUUGCAUGGCAGAUAUCCAGAGGCAUGCAAUAUUUAGCAGAAAUGAAGCUUGUCCAUCGAGACUUGGCGGCCAGAAAUGUACUUGUAGCUGAAGGGCGUAAAAUGAAAAUAUCAGACUUUGGUCUUUCCAGAGAUGUGUACGAAGAGGACUCUUACGUAAAGAGAAGCAAGGGAAGAAUACCAGUUAAGUGGAUGGCUAUAGAAUCUCUGUUUGACCACAUCUAUACAACACAAAGUGAUGUGUGGUCCUUUGGGGUGCUUUUGUGGGAGAUUGUGACUUUGGGAGGAAAUCCAUACCCAGGAAUUGCUCCAGAGCGGCUCUUCAACCUUCUUAAAACUGGCUACAGGAUGGAGAAGCCCGAGAACUGCAGUGAUGAAAUGUACAACCUGAUGUUGAAAUGCUGGAAACAGGAACCGGACAAGCGAUCAACAUUUGGGGAGAUCAGCAAAGAACUAGAGAAGAUGAUGGUGAAAAGCAGAGAUUAUUUGGACUUGGCUGCUUCUACACCUGCAGACUCCAUGCUCUACGAUGAUGGUCUUUCUGAAGAAGAGACCCCUCUGGUGGACUGUAAUAAUGCCCCACUUCCUCGAACGCUCCCCUCCACCUGGAUUGAAAACAAACUUUAUGGCAUGUCCUAUCCGAACUGGCCUGAAGAAAGCCCCGUUCCAAUCCCAAGAUUCGAUGCCAAUAAGUCUGUUUUUUCAAGAUAUGCCAAUGACUGUGUUUAUGCUAAUUGGAUGAUUCCACCCUCAACGGCAAAAUUUAUGGACAAGUUUGAUAGCUAAUUUCCUUUUUUUCCCUCUGGAAGGUAACAAAUUGUAAAUGAGGGGAGAAAUGAAAAAAACAAAACAAAACAAAACAAAACAAAAACCUCAAAGAAUAAAUGGAAAGUCCAUUGGCUGGUUCUUUGUUCCAGUGAAAAGUGGUUACACCAAAUUUGCUUUUGUGUGUCAAAUGAGCCAAUGUUUCCUGGUCUACCUCUCAAACUGCUGGAGGGGACUGCACAUAGCUUUAGACUUACCCAAGUCUCGAUCCCCUACAGCAGCAGAAAGGGGAUAUAUAAUGUUUCCAACAUAUCAAGUCUGUAAACCACAACUCAGUAGAAGUUUCUGUAUAUGCUGCUCUUGCACAAAUAUUCUGUAUUCAGUACACUAAUGUAUAUGUUGCUGUGAAAAAAAAAAUCUACAUAUAUUUUCUUUUAAUCAGGUGUUCAUAAUUUUAAAGAUUUUCUCUUUAUUGCUAGACUGUUUUAUCUUCAUAGGGAACAUGAUGGUCAAGGUCAAAAUGGGGGGAUGUUAACAUAAUUUACAAGUUAGACUUAAUGAAAAGCUCUGUGUAUAUGUAUGUACAUAUAUCAUCUGUUGUAUAUUGGAUUUGUAUUCUUGCGUACAGUAUUACAUGAAACAUACACACCACAUCGAGUUUAUGGAUCAGUGGGAUUUUAAAUUGAUUUGUGCUUUUCAAUCUUUUGAAAGUUUUUUUGUUGGUUCUUGAAGGCCAAGCUUAGAAUGUAUGGAGAAUGAAUGGGCUGUUGGCCCUUAAUAUCCAAAGUUGGAAGUAUAAAAAUAUAUGGGUACAUAACUGUAGGAAUGAACACUGUAGGCAUAGGGUUUUUCACUCAUUGCAGACCUUGCAUUAAAAAAAAAAAAAUCCAUGGUUUAAUACCAAGAUCUCAUCAUAGUCACAUACAUUUCUAUCCACUUUGCUGCUAGUUGGACCUUCAACAUAUUGCAGAGCAGAAGUUAGUAGAUCCUCUGGCAGUAAAGAUUCUAAGUAGUGCUAUAAUUUUAUGGAAGGUGUUUAAAGUCUACACUUCUUUUAGUAGCUAGCAAAAAAAGCCAAAUAGAAGUUCUUUGCAGAAUUUCAGUUUUCUGUUUUAUAUUAGUUUUAUAUGUAUUUUUUUAAGUAGAGAAUGUGUAUAUUUUGGAUAAUUUUGUUUCUAUUACACAAAUGUCUAGGUUGGUGGCUCUUAGGAUGAGCUAUUGGGGAAAAAAAAUACCUGGUCUCCAUGUUCUAAAUACUUACAACUCCAAACUCUUUAAGAUUUAUUUAUUUAAAUCUUAAAUGUUGAUAGAAUUUAGCACAUUUUUUACAUUCGUUAACAUAUUCUACAGUAUCUGCACCAUGUGUGAUUUCUCUAUUUCUCUUCUACAGUUUUGUUUUUGUUUGUUUUGGUUCAUUGUCUAUUAAAAGGCUCUCAGUGAGAUCUGUUGCCAUCUUGAACUAGAGGUCAAUUCUUUCCCAGUGGUAUAAAUAUAAAUAAUUAGAAUUAACAGCCCGCCCAAUCUACAUGAAUCAUACCAACAAAGAGAUGUAUUACAAUACAAUAAUAUUGCCUAUAGAAACGCAUACCAAAGAAUAUCGCCACUUGUAUUUUAAUCUUUUUAUCAUCUUACCAUUGGGGGGCGGGGGGGUUUUGGACUCUGAUCGAAAUGAUUUUUUGUGUUUUUGAGGUUGAUCUCAAUUCACAUUUUAAUGCAAGCAUCUGUCUUGCACAAGUCUCUGGACAUUCUACAUGCACAAAUCUCUUGGGUUUUAUCAUGACUUCAUGCACCAUUUUUGUUUGAUGAAAACUUUCAAUUGGAAGGGAAUCCAACAUUUUUGGAACAAUCCUGAAUACGUAUGUACUUAUUUUCGAUUAUGCCACCCAACAGUUGGAAAGACAAAAAAACUAAACGUAUUGUACAUCGAAAAAAUAAAAGAUAUACCAUAUAUAACAAAUGAGGGCAGGCUUCAGAGUAACAAUGCAGCGUAGGUGAGAUUCACAAGGAAGACUGAACUGGAUCAAUAUAUCUUCUCUCACCAAUAAGUGACAAUCCUAUAUUGGUAACAGAAAUGUAUACACUAUGUCUACUCGUCCUUUUUCAUGGAAAAAAAUGGACUUACCUCACACUGGAGCAUCACUGCUAAGAGAUUGAACUGGCCAACACCCAGUAGAUCUGCACUAGUUGUCAUAGAGGCAAAGCAUUUAAAGGACAAUAUAUGUAUUAUUGCUUUUAAUAGUGCUGCACAAAAUUAGAUAUUCUGCAUACUAUCCCUAAGCAGAGGAUUACGACAGGAAGUUGAAAGAAGCUACAUUGCUUAGGACUGUUACUGUGCAAAUGUCACUGGUCUGUGACAAUACAGUCAAUGCAUUACCUAACCGGUACCAAAUUAUUUUCCUUCAUGAUUAUCGAUAGAGAAGAAGACACGUGUAAUGCUUUGGAGUCUUCAGGGUUAAGUACAGAUAUUCCAGUAGUUUUCUCUAAACCAUCUCUGAUCUGUAACAUGAACAGUGAAACGAGGAAAAGAUUCUAUCUAAUUACGAUCAUUAUCAUUCCUUUUAAAAACGCUGUAGGAUGUAUAGCAUUCUAUAGUAAUAUUUAUUAGUGGAGAUUUUUAUUUGAAUGUGGUUUUAUCUUGUAUUUCAGAUUUGCUGCUAAAUUA